GAACAUUCCGUGAGGCCAAAUGGCCCCUGGCGCCGUUUUCCCCGAGGUGUUGCCUGGACUGUGACGGAGGGACACGAGUGGAGGUCUGCAGAGGGGGUCGUGGCUGAGAUCGCGGGCCCUGCGGCAUUCAGCUGUGCAGGCCCUGCGUCAGCCGCCCUGUACGGGUCCUCUUUGGCAGCUGGCUGCGAGCGGGAGGCCUGAGCGGAGAGCAGCAGCAGCGCGGCAAGGUCCCGGCGGCAGGGCACGGCGCUAUGGAGGAGCUCGAUUGCGAGCCCGCAGUAACUUUUUUCCCCGUUGGUCGUUCGAGUGACCUCGGUGUGAAGCCUCACAUCAUCCCUCUGAAGAGCUUAGUAAGCUUCUGCUGUCCAGGCCCGAGGCUUAAUAAACACGUUAUUCAUUAUCUCGGGAGACUAUCGACUACCUGUUUCUGUCGCUUUGUCUAUUCGCUCGGACUUAGGAAAUACUUUAAGUAUUUGGAUAUGAGCAUAGAGGCAUCGGAUACCACCUGAGCUGGAGUUCCAGGUGAUUGUUAGCUGCUUUAGUGGAUUCCAGGCGUGAAUUCCAAGAAGAAGCAGAUGUGUUUUGACUGGGGUCCUGGGGAGAUGCUCCUGUGUGAGACUUCCUUCAACAAAAAAGAUAAACCCGAGAAGGUGCCGAGCUGUCCCUUUGUUUAUAUCAUACGGAAAGAUGUAGGUGUUUACUCUCAAAUUUUGAGAAAACUCUUCAAUGAGUCUCAUGGAAUCUUUGUUGGCCUGCAAAAAAUUGAGGAAGAAUUGACGGGAAAAUCCAGGAAAGCUCAAUUGGUUCGCGUGAGUAAAAAUUACCGAUCAGUCAUUCGAGCCUGUAUGGAAGAAAUGCACCAGGUUGCAGUUGCUUCUAAAGAUCCAGCCAGUGGCCGGCAGUUCAGCAGCCAGGUCUCCAUUUUGUCAGCCAUGGAGCUCAUUUGGAACUUAUGUGAGAUUCUUUUUAUUGAAGUAGCUCCAGCUGGCCCUCUCCUCCUCCAUCUUCUUGACUGGGUCCGCCUGCAUGUGUGCGAGGUGGACAGUUUAUCAGCGGACGUUCUGGGCAGUGAGAACCCAAGCAAGCACGAGAGCUUCUGGAGCUUGGUGACUGUCUUGGUGCUUCAGGGCCGGCUGGAUGAGGCACGACAAAUGCUGUCCAAAGAGGCCGACGCCAACCCCUCUUCUGCAGGCAUGUGCCGUAUCCUUGGGGAUCUGAUGAGGACAAUGCCCAUCCUCAGCCCUGGCAACACGCAGACACUGACAGAGUUGGAGCUGAAGUGGCAGCACUGGCGCGAGGAGUGUGAGAGGCACUUGCAAGACAGCACAUUUGCAGCCAGCCCCCGCCUGGAGUCUCUCUGCAAGAUAAUGCUGGGGGACGAAGCUACCCUGUUGGAGCAGAAGGAGCUUCUGAGCAACUGGUAUCAUUUCCUAGUGACGAGGCUGCUAUAUUCUAACCCCACAGUGAAACCCAUUGACCUGCACUACUAUGCUCAGUCCAGCCUGGACAUGUUUCUGGGAGGUGAAAGCAGUCCGGAACCACUAGAUAACAUCUUGAUGGCAGCCUUUGAGUUUGACAUUCACCAAGUGAUCAAGGAGUGCAGCAUUGCCCUGAGCAACUGGUGGUUUGUAGCUCACCUCACAGACCUCUUGGAUCACUGCAGACUCCUCCAGUCACACAAUCUCUAUUUUGGGUCUAACAUGAGAGAAUUCCUCCUCCUGGAAUAUGCCUCAGGACUGUUUGCUCAUCACAGCCUGUGGCAGCUGGGAGUGGAUUACUUCGACUACUGUCCAGAGCUGGGCCGAGUUUCCUUGGAGCUGCACAUUGAGCGGAUUCCUCUCAACACAGAGCAGAAAGCCUUGAAGGUGCUGAGGAUUUGUGAGCAGCGGCAGAUGACUGAACAAGUUCGAAGCAUCUGUAAGAUCUUGGCCAUGAAGGCUGUCCGCAAUAAUCGCCUGGGUUCAGCCCUCUCUUGGAGCAUACGUGCCAAAGAUGCUGCCUUUGCCACACUUGUAUCUGACCGAUUCCUCCGGGAUUACUGUGAGAGAGGCUGCUUUUCUGACUUGGAUCUCAUUGACAACCUGGGGCCAGCCAUGAUGCUCAGUGAUCGACUGACAUUCUUGGGAAAGUACCGGGAGUUCCACAGACUGUAUGGGGAGAAGCGUUUUGGUGACGCUGCUUCUCUCCUGCUGUCCCUCAUGACCUCUCAGAUUGCACCCCGUUCUUUCUGGAUGACUCUGCUCACAGAUGCCCUGCCUCUUUUGGAACAAAAACAGGUGAUUUUUUCAGCAGAGCAGACAUACGAGCUGAUGCGUUGCCUGGAAGACUUAGCCUCAGGGAGGCCAGAGUGUGGUGAGCCCGAUGCCCAGCGACUCCAGGAUGACGACAUAGAAACCACCAAGGUGGAGAUGCUGAGACUGGCUCUUGCCCGGAAUCUUGCGCGAGCAAUUAUUCGAGAAGGCUCACUGGAGGGCUCCUGAAAGAAGCCAAGGACAGUUGGAACUUUGUAUGGCGAUGUAAAUAGAUUUUAAAAGAAUAAAUUCUCUUUUGCAAGAA